AUGGCAGCUUCGAGCCAGGCUGGAUGGAGCUUUGACGAGUCCGUUUGCGCAAGCGCCAACCUAAAGAAGGCGUCCAAAAUCGCUGGGGCUGUUGCUACAGGCGGAAUCGCACUCGGAAGCUUGGACAGGAGACAGACACGGCCUGCAGUCGGAAGUCGGAAGACCACACAUGGCUUUUUCAUGAGGCUUCUACUGGUUCGCAAAGCCGUGCUUCGAAGCUCUGCUGAUUCCGACAUCUGCUCCUCGAAAAAUGCCUUGGCUACUACCAGGACUUGCCGACAGGCAGUGUCACGAAAUGAUCUGCCGGCAGUGAGGCUGUUUCUUGAGUUGCGCCCGGAGCAUCUUGUUGUACAGCACCGCUGA